AUGUGUAAACACAUCCUCAACGCCCAAGUGGCCAUUCGGUCUGCUUGCUGCCGCAAAUGGUUCGACUGCGCUGAAUGCCACCAGGAGCAGGAGUCGCACCAACUCGCCAAGUCCGCUGAGAUGAUCUUUGCCUGCAAGAAGUGCAAGAAGUGUUUCAGAAAGGACGCCGCCGAAUUUGAGGAAAGCGACGAGUAUUGCCCACACUGCGAUAAUCACUUCGUUCUGGAGGCUGUGACGCCACAGGCAUCUCUACAGGUGGAGGGUGACGACGCGCGCAUGGAUAACCGGAUGCUCAAGGAUGAUCGUGUCCGUGGCGAUCAUGAUAGAUCUCUUUUCAAGUUCCGCGAUGUGUCUGAUCGAAUGGGUUAA